AUGUUGAACUUUUUGUACAUAAUAUUAUUUAGUUCGCUCGGUUAUCUGGUUUUAACAUGGCUAGUACCAAAAUUAAUUGGAUUCGUGCUGAAAAAGUUGUACAAUAUAGAAAUCAAUGUUGGGCGUAUUAGCUUACCCUGUUCGAUACGCGAUGUGACCGUUUGCAAGAGUGGCUUUUCGGUGCAGAUCGAUGAAAUUAGCCUGCAAAGUAGCUUCGUCAAUUCAGACGUUUCGAAGCUGUUGUCGAUUAAUGUGCGCGAUGUACGCAUUAACAAGGAUAUCAACAAAACACCGGGCGGAGGAGGCAGCAAUUCCACAACGCCGGGUAGCAACGGCAGCCCGACGGGAUCGGGUAACAAUAGCGACUGGGCCGGAUUUCAGGCAAGAGCGAAAUGCAACCCCCAGCGGAAACCGCUCGAUUUUCGGGAAAAGAAGGUACCGCCAAAGUUGCUCAAGUUUGCUCAAUUCAUGGCAGUACAUAUAAACAAUGUGUCGGUAGCGUUGUUAAACAGCGCCCAGGAACCGGGCUGGUUGCUGCAUGCCACUGCCAAGGAGCUACACCUAGAUGGCAGUCUCGUGCACAGUACCAAAUCGUUGCUCGUAUCCGCAUCGCUUUGUGAUGCACAGGCGAAAAUUCUGCGCCAUUGCAUAUCCACCCCGAAGCGGCUGGAACGAUCGCGCAAAAUAUCCGAUCUACCCCAACCGUGUCUCGGUGAGCUUAGUUUCGGUAUCGCACUCGAUGGCGUGCUGGUGGUGGAUGCACCAAUGUCGCUGGAAAAGCUCAGUCUCGCAAUGACAACGACGAAAGUGAUCCUGCACGGCGGUUUGUACGAAUUCAUUAAGGACACACAGGCACAGAAGCGCCGACACCAGCUGUUUCUUCGACAACACGGUGUGCCGGAAGCGGAACACGAACCAGACCGUUCGGUUGAUCCAACUGCCCAGGAAGAGUUUUCCCUGUACGAAUGGUACCAGCGGUUUGCGCCGGUUAUACCGAAAAACUUUUUCGUGAAAAUAGAAAACACCACCAUCAGUGCGGUACGCGAAAACUCGUCGAAUGAUUUCUCCGCCACGUUGCAAAAGUUUGCAGUGUCGAGCAAAUUUAGUACCCCGCCGAGCAGCAUCGCAGAAGAGUGCCAGCUGCCCCUGGUCUAUGUAGGGAUGCAGUUGCAGCAGCUCGAGAUCGACACGAUGCACGAAAAGCUGCUGUUUUUGCAGCAGUUCAGUGUAGAUUCAAAGCUGGAGGGUAGCUUGGUUAACAUUUACUCGAAACUCGCAUCGUUUGUGCUGAUCUACAACCAUCGUGAGAUUUACGGGUGGAUCAGCAAGAAUUUCUUCACCGGCGAUCGUACAGCUCGGCAGCUAAAUCCGAAAAGUUUGAAGCUAGCUGGUCUGGCGACACAGUGCAGAUCGCGACGAAAAUCCGCUGGUGGUUCAAAGAUGCUGGAAGACUUCCUGAAGCGCAUCGUCGUCAAGGGUUGUGCCGAGCUGUGGGACGUAACGACCGUCUUCCGGUUUGGUUCAGCGCAAGUUUCCUCCAUAUGUUGCAAUCACGCAAAGCUGCUGCUGGAACAGUUUGCCGAAAAGCGCACCAAGGUGUACGAGAAUAGAAUGUUGAACUUACUGCUCGAUCGUCGGCACUGGAGUGCUGAGUUGCUAAUUGAAUCGGUCUGGUGGUCACUUAGCUCGAACAUUUCACAUAAGGAAAACGCGCAAAGCUUGAAAAAGGGUCACAUACGCGGCAGUCCCUUCUACGUGGCGAUGAGCUUGUGCAAACUGAGCAGUUACGGCGAUACGACCAUGCUGGACUUUUCGGUGCAUACUUUUCGGGUGGAGUAUAGCCCAACGCUGGCAGAUUAUCUAGUGAAUGCGAAACGCUGUCUGGAGCAGUACCGUUCGACGACAGCGGCGAACACAAGACAGCAAUCAGCGCGCGAACCUCAUAUACCUCCACCAGGGAAGGAACGUCGAGGAUCGCUGGCUACGAUCGAUUUACUAAUCAACGCACGAGUGACAGACAUAUCUGGAUUUUUCUUCAAUCAGCACGAAACGUGCAUGCUAGCCAACUUGAACGAGCUCACGGUGGGAAAGACGGCGAUGAAAAACUUUAUCCGCUUCGACAGCUUCCAAAUGGAGAUACUGGACUUCCGGCACAUAACUGGCUGCGAGUAUGGGUCGGCCGAGCUGCAGAAUGUAUUUGCGAAUGUGAAGGGUAUACGUGUGGAGCACGUGGACGUUGGAGGGGUCCCGAAGGUAGACGUUUGGCUGCUGGAAGAUGCGAUCGUGAUGUGGAAUACUAAUCUACAUAUGCACAUUGUAACGCUGCUGCAAGAGAUGCGUCAAUUGAGGGAUGGUUUGAAAACCAAACCACUUCCCGACCCACCACUAGAUUUACCCGUUUUAGAGCCGGAACGCAAUACAUCGGCGAGGAAAUCAUUGUUCCGCUCGAUGAUCCUCGAGCUGUACGCCGAGGGAAGCGUGGAGUUUGGAAUCAAGAUCAGCGAACGGCAUUCUAUGCAGGUGUUUGGGGAAAAUGCGUUCGUGCACCGGAAGGGCCAAUGGAUGCUGUCGAUCGAAAACAUUGUGAUCAAGAUCGACGAUCAGCACAUAUUUACCAUCAAGGAUAUGGUGAUGCAGUCAUUGGAGCGGGUUGAGUUGCUCUGCCAGGAACGGCAAAACUAUGAUCAUUUCCAGCUGGACUCCAACCGUGUGUGGGCGACAACGAUUGGUGGUGUGAAGGUGAUCUUCCCGUACGAGCACGAUUUCUACGGAGCAAUAGUGAAUGAGUUCGUGUCGAUCUACAAGUGGUUGAAGGUGGUACACAACUACAAGAAGAAACCGUUCACAAUGGCCAGUCCUUUGCCGAGUGAUAUGAUAAUACAGAUCAAAGAAUUUUUGCUUGAGAUGAGCGACGACCCAUUCGAGGUGAAGCUACGCGACAACUACGUGCUGCUGCUGGAUGAGUACCACGAAAGCGUCAAGCGGAAGGAGCUGUUUGAUCAAAAGAUAGCUCAACUGUGCUCGGAGCGUCUAAUGUUACCGCCCGGUAUGCUUGAGGAGCUAAACGCGAACCUGAUAAAGAAAAAUUCGGAAAUUUACAUACAACGAUCGAAAAAAAUCUCCGAAUCCGGUCCACCGCGUACCCGUCUUAUCGCUUGGAUUAUGACCGAUUUAGAAAUAAUGGCUAUGGCAGAUCCCUCACUGCAUGGUGGAGACAAUGCAGUGCGUUGGCUGCGUAUGCUUGACCCGGAAAGUCCAUGGCCCGACGAAGGUAUUGAGUUCGUGACGCUGUGGGUGCGUGCCAUCAAUAUCGGAUGCAGCGAGUGGAAGUUUAUGUUACGCGACUAUCCGCAGCCAAUGUUUCACGUGAAGGCAAUGCAUCUUUUCGGGACACUAGCAGGCGCUGAGAUGGCACCGCCAAGGCGGGCCAAGCGUGACGUCGAGAUCGAACUGGGCGAACCGUUCGGGACGCACACGGUGCAGCGCAGUAUGACGUCGAUAAAGUUUUAUCACGAUUUCAACUGGGAACUGGAUUAUCUGGCGUACGCGUUCGGACCCUGCUGGGAACCGGUGAUGGCGCAGUGUAAUCUUAUGAUGGAGAAAAUAUCGGCCCCAUCACGUGAUCCGAGUCCCCCGUUACCGUUCUGGGAUAAGAUGCGUCUGCUAAUGCACGGACAGCUGUCGAUCAUCGCUAAGCAGUUUACAAUUUUGUUGCACGCCUCGCUAGAUCCGUACAACACAACGGAGGAAAUGGAACUCACAUGGAAUAACUGCGGUAUAAUGUAUUCGAAUGCGCGCCUAAUGUUCAAGGGCGAUCUGAAUAUCUAUGUGCGCACGGCUUCACGAUACGACGAUUGUCGGUUGCUGCAUCUGCCAAACUUGAAGCUAACGUUCAAGCUGAACUGGGUAUGCCUAGCAAACCCGAACGAUCACCAUGCGGUCGUACCGUGUGCGCCAGACAAGCUGCCCGAGUACAGCAGCAAUCAAGUGCACGAUUCCUUUCGGGCGUUCCGUUCGCAGCAUCUAAACAUAUGGGUGUCGUUCGAAAUCAAGCAAAAUGCUAUGUCGGAUUACGAUAUCCCUAAUCUGGUCCUGUACGGCAGUACGCUGCGGUGGUUCGAAAGCUUAAAGCUAAUCCUUUCCGGCGUUACGCGCCCGACCCGUCGUGGUCCAGUGUUUAACAAUGUGCGUCCGAGAAAAAAGCAACUGAGCCGCCAUUAUCGCAAAGCAAAUCUUCAGAUGAGUUUGCACCGGUUUCAGAUAUUUUACUGGAUGUCGCACGCAUUGAAUCGUGGUUUUCAACUGAGCGGUGGCAGAAUUACGUUUAGCUCGGAGCACACACUAACACUGCUACCGAUUGACGACGGAUUGAUUCAUCGUCCUCGGGCCGACUGGUCUGUGAUGUAUAUGAACUGUGAGCUAAACGAUGCCGAGAUUUGGCUGCGGACAACACAGAUCAGCAACGAGCAGCAGCAGCAGCAACGUACCGAUACGAGCUCGGAAAGCCUUUCAAACGCUAGUGGCGACAUCUACCGGUAUUAUUUCCUGAGCGUCGCAAGGGUUUCCUAUGGGCGGGAAGCACUGCUCUCCACCAAUGGGAACGAGCGUGAAAAGGAUACGCCGACACACAAGCUCGUGGUGUACGAUCUGAAAGGUGCAUGGACCAAAGACAACAGAGAUGUUGCGUUCGCACUGUUCGAUUCGCUUGUCAAGAGCCAGAAGCUGAAAAACAACCUCGCAACGGAAGCUCUGAAGUGUUUCCGCAAGGAAGGAAGUACCGCGGGUGCGGGCACCGGUAGCGGUUCUGCAGGAGGUGGUGCAACAACAGCAGCAGGAGGAACGGAUCUAGGAACACCAUUCAAAUCAAGAAGUACCGGGCAAGAUCUACAUCAGGGUAGCGGUGGUGUAGCAGGGACCACGAGUAGUGGAGGCCACCUAAGUGCGAAGGGAAAAGCACAGCAGUCAAGCGACAGUAUGGCGAUGUUGCAGCAGCUGAUACAGGAAGCGGACCACAAACCGUUAGUAUACAGUGACGAUCAGUCAGCUCAGACGCGCCAGCAACAGCUGAAGGGCCUGCAGGCAUACCAGGAGGGUGAUGUGCUACACUACAAUUGGGCAAUAUCGCUGGUCAACUCGCAGGUGCUGCUGAAAGGCUGCGAAACGUCCGGCUAUGUGAUACUGAGCGCAGCUAAGGCGGAGAUCUUACAACGUGUUCAUCGACCGGUAUGGCGUGAUCACACGAUCGUUUCGAAAACGACCUGGGUCGGGUCGCUGGAGUGCAUGCAGUACUACGCUACGGUAAGCGCGAACGAGGGUGACUCGCACGAGAUGGCAGAAAUUAUGUGGCUGACGGUGGAUAACAUCCAGGAGAAGGAUCGUGACGCACCGGUAGUGAUCAGUGAGCUGCCGGAUCUGCCACAUCUCGUCGGUAGUGGACAGAGCGUGGGUGGAGUCGUGUCCGAGACGGUUGGAGUACUCGGCGAGAGCAGCUACACCAGUGGACAAAAGCCCCCGAUCCAGCUGCAACGCAUCGUGUCGCGGUGUAAAUGUGAAUUUUUCUACGUCAGCUACGGUGACACCAGCAUCGAUCCGGGUAUGAUCAGUGAGGUACCGCCACCGCCGGUCGAGGAAUCGAUGAGCCCGUGGGAAAAUCAGGACGAACCAGUGGAUGCAUUCACGCUGAUGCAUCACGAUCUUGACGUCUGUACCAACUCGCUCCAGUACGCGAUGAUCCUGGACAUCGUGAACAAUUUGCUGCUGUACGUGGAACCCCAGCGCAAGGAAGCGCUGGAACAGCUCGCCCGGAUGCGAUUCCAGCUGCAGCUAUAUAGCAGCGAGGAUCAGAAGCGACCGAUCCAGCAUUUGCAGACAGAGAUCCGCAGUUUGAUGUCGCGCAUCCGGUGUCUGGAGAAGGACAUCCAUUUCAUCACGAAGGCGCGCUUGGAAGACGGAGACUCGGAGGAUCUUCGUGUGGAGUUCGAAGACGUGCACAACUCCAUCCUAUACUUCAAGGAACUGCUAACGACCAAAAGCGACGAGCUGGACAUGAUGCUGUCGUGCUACAACGAAGCACAGCUGUCCGCUUCGAACCGGUUGGCCACGUUCCGCAAGGACAAACCGGUCACGAUAGUGCGUGCGAACGAAAUCUGCUUCAAGCAUGCCCAGUGGCGUCUGACGGAAGCGGACGGUCAGAUCGGUAUCGCCGAUCUCAUACUGAGCAAUUUCCUGUACACGAAAAACUCCAAGAGUGACGACUCGGUGGACCAUCUGCUAGAGCUGGGUUACAUUAGGAUCAGUAAUUUGAUACCGCGCGACAGCUACACGGAGGUGCUUUGUCCGACCGAAAUUCAACGUGACAUGCCGGUGGAACAUAAGCGUGUGUUGCGGGUGUUCUGUCGCGAGAAACCACCGGUUGGUGGAAUUUCCGUGAAGGAACACUUCGAGAUCAACGUCGUACCGAUUACGAUACAAAUUUCGAAGAAGUUUUACAACACGAUGCUCAAGUUUUGCUUUCCGGAUCGCGACGAAGCGGAUGCAGCCGAUGAGCUUGAUGCAAGCGGCGAUGGGAGCGGAUCGGUUGCUAGUACGAGCGGCAGUGGAUCAUCCGUUGCCGUGAAAGGAGGUAUCAGAAAAACGAACUCGUCCUCGUUAGCUGGCAGUGCCGGAAGUGGUGGUGGUGGUGGUGGUGGCGUUGGUGGCAGUGGUGGUGCAUCCGCUUCCUCGAGCAGUUCCAUUUCCACCGCCGGUGGGUCGAAAUCGUCCGCCGGCGGAGGCAAAAAGGCGUCCAAGGAUAGCAACUUCUACGUGCGCAUUCAGGACGAUGUGGAAAAAAUGAAGGAGCGGGCAGAGAAGAACAAGCUGUUUAUCUACAUCAAGAUACCGGAGGUACCGGUGAAGGUAAGCUACAAGGGAAAUAAGGAGAAAAAUUUCGAAGACAUCACGGACCUGGCACUGCUGAUACCCACGCUCGAGUAUCACAAUGUCACGUGGACGUGGCUCGACCUGCUGCUAGCAAUGAAAUCGGACAGUCGGCGUGUUCUGUUAUCGCAGGCAAUAAAGCAAAAGUUGAAACUGAAGAAGGCACUUGUGGACGAGCAACCAUCACCGCAGGAAGAGGAUAAGGCAAAGAUGCUGUUCGGCAAUCGACAUGCGCGUGCUCGGAAUAAGCCGGAAAACAAGAGCCUUCGGAAGGGUGUAUUUAAGUUCUCCAAAUCAUAA